UUUCCAAACCAAACACUGAUUAACGACACUCAGUAUGAAUCAUGCGAGCGUACACGGUCGCUACUAGCGGACUUUCACUGCACCCACGUCCAUUUAAGGGAUAUCCAAACGUCUACUCGCCAGUGUCGGUUCUCGUGGACAGAGCAUUUUGGGGAUUUCGGAGAGGUCGCUGGUGGUAGAGUUUUUGAACUGUAGGUCCGAGAGGACUUCUUUCACCCGGUGGCCAAUUUGAAUGACAAAGGAACGAACUGGGAGUCAGAAAGACGCGGGUUUGCAAGAUGGAAAAUCUAUCUCUUCUACUCCUGUUUUUAUCGAUUGGUGUAUCCCAUGCCAGGGUGGUGUCUGUGUCCCCUGGCCCUCUGCGCCGGGUGGAGGGCCAACCUGUCUCGCUACGCUGUGAUGUCACUGACUAUGAGGGGCCCAGGGAGCAGGAAUUUGAAUGGACCAUACAGCAGGGGGAGGCGGGGUCUAUCCAAGUAAUCUCCACCUUUGACCCAAACUUCUCGGACGUGUCGCUAAGCGACCGGGUGGCCAGUGGUGACCUGAGUAUGGUGCGGCUGGGGGACAGCGCGGUGGAGCUGAGGAUUCAGGAAGUGAGGUCAUCCGACAGCGCCACAUACCUCUGCAGUACAACCAGUACGGACUCUGUCAUCAGCGGGAACUACGAGGCAGGGGUGACGCUCAAAGUCAUUGCUAACACCCUGAAGGUGGCCCCGGAGGCCCCAGAGCCUGUGGUCCCCGAGGGUGGUGACAUCACCCUCUCCUGCAACGUCACCCGCCACUUCACCGAUCCCACCUACCUGUCCGUCACCUGGUCGCUACGGAGACCAGGCAUCCCAUUGGUGGACAUCAUGACUGUUGGCCCAGAUGGGGGUGUAGUCACAGGAAGUGGCUCCGCCCAGCGCUACGCUGAAGGAGGGCUCCGAUUGGCUAGUCGCAGAGAUGGGGCGUUUGGAUUGGUUGUUGCCGGGGUGACACAGGCUGAUGCGGGGAUGUAUGUGUGCACGGGGAGGGAAUGGACUCACGAGGAAGGAGAUCAGUGGAAGAACAUUGUGGAGAAGACUGUGGAGAUGGGAGCUGUGGCAGUCACACCUACAGCUCGUUCCCUGUCUGUCGUGGCCAAGUCCAACACCACGCUCAACAUGGACGACACCCUGACCCUCACCUGCCUGGUCGCGGCCGGCAACUUGGCCUCCCUGGCCCUGGAGGUCACCUGGCUUGUGGAUGGACGCACAGCGGUCAGCCUGGGCCGUGACGGGGUGGUCUCAAACGGGUCCCCCUCGGUGGGGCUGGAGCGGACGGGGCCAGGGGAGUUCAGGCUGGUGGUGAGGGGGGUAAAGGGGUCUGACGAGGGGAUGUACUCCUGUAGGGUCCGGGCCUGGGUCGGAAGAGGAGGAGGAUGGUACCAAGCUGCAGAGAAGACCUCCAACCCAGUACAGGUUCUAGUCACAAAGAUCAAGCCUAGUUUCGCCGUGACCCUUACCCCCUCGUCGACCCCGCAGGUCACAGGUGACCUCAUAGAGCUGGCGUGUCAUGUGACCAACAUCAUCCACCUCCUUGCAGGGGGCCGACUGGGCGUGGCCUGGGAGUACACACCACUUCCUGGUCCACCCGGCGACCGCCCGACAACCACACAGACCACCCUCCCCAUUGGUUCCCUGGAUGCCCACGGCAACCUGAAGUCUGGGACGCUGUACCGUGACAGGUUGGAGUCUGGUGCCAUCGUUCUGACCCGAGUAGAGCCGGAUACAUUCAAGCUCCGCUUCCUACGCACACAGGAGGUGGACAUGGGGGCGUAUGCAUGCAGUGUGACAGCGUGGAGUCCCUCUAGGCAGGGUGGAAUGGAGAAGGAAGCAGAGUACCUCACCCCCCCUCUCACCGUCCGAUGGGAAUCCAAACGUCCGUCUCUAACCGCCGUGGCGAAGCGUGUGCGUGAGGCGGCGGCGGGCGGAGCCACCUUUGAGAUGAGCUGUACCGUAUCCCAAGAGCACUUGCAGGACCCGGGCUACUCUGUGCUGGUGCAGACUCAGGAGAGCGUGGAUGCUGCCACCAGAACUGUCCUCUCUCUCAGUCCUGACUCUGUACUACAGCAUGGAGGGGCUACAGAUCCUAACCGCAGGGACAGCCUUGUUCUGACUAAGACGGGUCCGGCUGAGUUCUGCUUCCGUCUGGCCGGAGUGCAGCAGGCUGACCGGGGCUUCUACUGGUGUGACAUCACCACCUGGACCAAACAACCAGGCCAGGCCUGGACCAAAGCUGUCAGCGCCAAGUCCAACAAGGUCCAGAUCAACUUCCAGGAGACUGGCCCCUCGUUCGCCGUGGCCAUCCGCUCUGACACCACCACUCUGUAUCCCUGGGAGACCGGCAAGUUGGUGUGUGCCCUGAGCGUCUCUGGAGCAUCCCCCAAGUCAGAUGACCUGGCCUACGAGGUGCGUUGGUACCUCACACGGCUGAGAGGGGGGAAUGAGGGCACCCUACUGGCCAGCGUGGACCGCUUCGGUUUGGUCAAGAAGGAGGCGCGCAACGCCAGCAGUGACGUGUCCCUGGAGCGCACGGACACACACACCUACGCCCUGAACAUCCACGCCACCCAGGACAGCGACAGCGGGGAGUACCACUGCCAGGCCACGCCCUGGUACCGCUCUGCCUCCACGGGGGCCUGGACACAGGGGGCAGAACUCACCUCUACCAGGGUGUUCCUCACCGUACGGUUCCCCAUGUGGGACUCCCUGAAGCUGCCUCUGCUGUACGGUUCUGUAGCCUCUGUGUCCGUGGGGCUCUUCUCUCUCCUCCUGGGCCUCCUCUGUGCCCACUGCUGCUGCCGCAACACCACACACACACCCCGCUCACGCAACAAACUCAUGGACCUAGAGAUGGACUGACUAGCACAGGCCCGCUGGAGCGACCACAGCUUCUCCAGCUGAUGAACUACAAGCCUGUUACCGCGCCGACACAUUACCACGGCAACGGCAGCCAAUUAACCAAUCACAGCCCUUCGGGUGCGCUCCGUGGAGCUUUUUAAGCGCACCAACGGGAGAGGAGCUGUAGAGGGGGGGGAAAAAACACUGAACUGAAUAAACUGCUAAAGAAGAGUGCAGGCUAUCUAGUCUGCCUGUGUGAACGUAUUGAUGUUAGGUAUUGCACAAAACAACCCUGGAGUAUACCUACCAGAGUGGACUUUGUCUACGUUUGUCCUCAAUGAGUUUUUAAAAUUAGACUUUGUUUUUAAAGCUUUAAAUGGAGAUGUGUGUAUACUAGAUUUGUGUGGUUGUCACACCUGAGGCUGGGAAAGAGAGCCGCUUCGCCUGUUUUGUCCUGCCCUGUUCUUGGUGUGAUGUCAUCCUGGUGAGAUGUAAUUUCAGUGACUCAACAGCAACCGGCCAGGUUCCCUGGCGCACGUUGAUGACCUCAGAGGCUCUCCUCUAGAGCCAGUGAAAGACACUGGACCCAGACCUCACCUGCUGUAACCCUCUACACUGACUCUGGUGCUACCCCCACUGUGAAUGACAUUGAUGUUAUGUUGGGCCUAGGGGUUUAUAUUGAUGUUAUGUUGGGCCUAGGGUUUAUAUGGGGCAGGUUGAGGAGCAAGGUGGGCAAUAAGAGAGAAUGGAAUAAUGGUUGUGACUGAGUGGUAUGAUAUUGACUGACAGUCUUAGAGAGGGAGAGAUCAUUUAUAUAGGAAGCAUACAGUAUUAAUGAGUGGAACCAGCUGGAACCUGCAGUCCUCAACACACUGUCCCAGCCAAUACCUGGCUCUAGCUGAAGGAGUUCCAAAGUGGCUUCCUCGUCUCCUCUCCUUCAUCUGCACUGAUCAAUAAACACAGGAUGCCUACCAGUUUCAUUCACAUCAGUGCAGAUGAAGCAAAGAAGACGGGACGAGGAAGCCACUUCAGAGCAUUGAGAUACACCCCUGGAAUGCAAUGGAGAAGGAUGGGGUUAAAACUGUCAACAAACCCAUUCCUAAAAGGAAUAUCCAUGUCACCUCCCAGUUUAGUAGAGCCCGGUCCCUUAGGGAGUCUUCCUCCCUUCUGUCUCUGGUCUGGUACAGUACAAUAGGUGUGUGUCCAUAGAAAUGCCUGUGAUGCGUUUGUAUGGGGCUGGGGCUCUCAGGGCUAUUGCGUGUGUCCCCCUGGGGCUAGUGGUUGACCUAGCAGUAUUCUGCCCAGUGACAGACCAGCCCUACCCUCUACUAAUUGCCCCAACCUAGACCCAGAAGGCCUUUUUUAGAAUGGUCCUGUACCUGAUAUCAACUACCACCUCUGCAAUGCUACCCUGUUUGUACACACACUCCAUAUACUGUCAACACUAAAUAUACACACACACAUAUAUAUAUAUAUAUACUGCUUGAACGUGUACUCCUCUUACCCAAUGCCAUGUACCCCAACAUCUACAUAUAAAAUCACACUCCUCGUACACACGCAUACAACCCUACACACACACACACACACUGUCCUGUAUACACACUGCCAAUGUAACCCUGUGUGAGUGCACCUCUUGUGAGAGGCAACAGCUGUGUCUAGGUUCUGGCCGAGUACCAACUGAGGCUCUGGCUCUGGGAUCUGACCUGGUUUAACUCACUAGCGCCCCCCCACGGGAGAAGAGCUGCUGUGUACCAAUCAAUAAACCAGGGCCCUUUUAAAUUACUUACAAAUUGCAUCCUUCCUUCAUCCUUCCUUGAGCAGUCUCUAAUCUGACAUGACUGGAUUGGUGAAAGAUGUGUAGUGGAACCCUGGCUUACAGCUGUCCUACAUCUGUAUGAGAUCAGACAUUAUUUGAAGGAAAGAGAUGCAUUUUAUAGUAUUCGUAUAAGGCCUCGAGCUGUCCCACUGUGUGGGUGAAAGGUGUCCCUAAGCACUGACCCAAGGUCUGUUCUGUGUGCAACCUCGUAAUUAUUUAGUUCAGGUUUGGACUUGGGGAAGCUGAUCUGAGAUCUAUUCUAAGAACCUCCCUAAAGUAUAGAACCCCAGACACCGAUAGGACAACCCCAGACACCGAUAGGACAACCCCCCCCAAC